AUGGAGUCUGAAAUCCAGGCGCAGAUCCCUGGCAUCGACCAUGUGAUAUCAGAAUACUCAGUGGGCUAUCUGACUCACGCAUCCAAGGCCUAUGUCGAGGAUGUGGAGUCCUCCGCUCAAUCACCAUUAUCAGAAGCCGCGGAAACUGUAACUUCAUUGCUGCUCUCUGCCUCUGGAAAUUUUACUCCUGAAAACGAAAUCGCAAUUCGAAACUUAGUGGAAAAAUUCAUUUCCUCUCUGAGCGCUGCAAAUGGCGUGGAUGCUGAGCGCAGGCAGAUGCCAUUUGCCGCAAAGAAGCUUGAUCAGACAAUUCAUGUCGGAUCGCAGAGAAACAUCUCCUCAACCCUUGGGUUAACAGGAGUGUCCGUUGACCUUGAAGCCGCGGCUUCUAGAAAGGUUGAGUCUCGAGUGGACAAGAAGAAAUUGGAAAAGGCAGAACGGAAAAUCAGAGCCAAACAAGAUAAGAAGACCAUGAAGAACGUUGAAUAUGAGGCAUCAAAACUACUCAAUGAGCCCGAUAGUACCCAGUCCUACGAAGAAUUCUUCAUGGCAGUUAAUCCUUUGCAAUUGGGCUCAGAUGCGCAGUCAAAGAGCAAAGACAUCAAGGUCGAUGGAAUCGACGUCUCCAUUUCGGGAACGCGAAUAUUGACCGACACUUCCCUAACUCUGGCGUAUGGGCGGCGGUAUGGCUUGGUUGGUCAGAACGGUAUCGGAAAGAGUACACUCUUGCGGGCCCUGAGCCGUAGAGAAGUUGCCAUCCCAACUCACAUCUCCAUCCUUCACGUCGAGCAAGAGAUACGGGGCGAUGAUACCCCGGCCUUGCAAGCCGUCCUUGACGCUGACGUUUGGCGCAAGCGCCUUUUGGCGGAUCAAGAUAAAAUUGUGGCUCAACUUGCAACAAUAGACACAGAAAGGUCAACAAUGGCUGAUACGUCCAAAGAUGCAAUCAAACUGGAUCAAGAACGCGAGGCGCUUGAUACCACACUUGCAGACAUCCAUGCCAAAUUAGCAGAGAUGGAGUCCGACAAAGCCGAACCUCGCGCAGCUAGUAUUCUUGCAGGUUUGGGAUUUUCCCCCGAACGUCAACAAUAUGCGACAAAAACCUUCUCUGGAGGUUGGCGAAUGCGUUUGGCCUUGGCUCGUGCGCUGUUCUGCGAACCGGACCUUCUGUUACUUGACGUCUUGGUUGUUUCGCACGACAGGGCUUUCCUCAAUGAAGUGGCGACGGACAUUAUCCAUCAACACUCCGAGAGACUAGACUACUACAGGGGCGCCAAUUUCGAUUCGUUCUAUGCUACUAAGGAAGAACGGAAGAAGAAUGCCAAGAGAGAAUAUGAGAACCAAAUGGCACAGAGAGCCCAUUUGCAAGGUAUCUUCAUUCGAGUAACCAAGUUGGUGGGGAAUCAUUUGCUGAUUUUACCGCUUCUAGCCUUCAUUGAUAAAUUCAGAUAUAAUGCUGCCAAAGCUGCUGAAGCUCAAUCCAGAAUCAAAAAGCUUGAGCGGAUGCCUGUUCUCGCGCCUCCUGAGAGCGAAUAUGUCGUCCACUUUAAGUUUCCAGAUGUCGAGAAAUUAUCGCCCCCAAUCGUGCAAAUGACUGAAGUUUCUUUUGGGUAUACCAAAGAUACAACACUACUCAAGAAUGUCGACCUUGAUGUGCAGUUAGAUUCGAGAAUCGGCAUUGUUGGACCCAAUGGUGCUGGAAAGACAACGGUUUUGAAACUCCUUACCGGUCAGCUCGAACCUUCGUCGGGACUUAUCUCUCAACACCCCAGACUUCGGAUUGGAUUUUUUGCGCAACACCACGUCGACGCGUUGGACAUGAAUACAAGCGCAGUUGGCUUUAUGGCUAAGAACUACCCAGGGAAGACGGACGAGGAAUACAGACGGCAUCUCGGAGCAUUCGGAAUUACUGGCAUGACUGGCCUUCAAAAGCUUGAGUUCCUAUCCGGAGGUCAGAAGUCCCGUGUGGCAUUUGCAUGCAUAUCCCUAACAAAUCCCCAUAUCUUGGUGCUUGAUGAACCGUCCAACCAUCUUGAUAUCGAAGCCAUGGAUGCACUUUCUGAAGCACUUCAGAAUUUCCAAGGAGGAGUCUUGAUUGUUUCUCACGAUGUAACUCUACUCCAAAAUGUUUGCACCAGCCUUUGGGUUUGUGACAAGGGGUCAGUUGAGAAGUUUUCUGGAGAUGUCAAUGCGUACAAGAAGAGGAUUUCAGAGCAAGCCAAUGCAGCUGGUGUUGCUGCUGCGCACUGA